AUGCGACUUCAGAUCUUAAUUCACCCCCAAUUGCGCAAAGGCUUGCCUGAAUGCGCCCAGGGAGGCCUUCGGAGAAGCGUUUGGGUCAGAUACAAAUCUCAGAUCCCUCGGCCUUCUCAGAAGCAUCUUUCACCAUUGCCGAAGAAAGAAACGGCUCCUGCGGCUCCUGUCAGAAGGACAGUCACACCUGCGUCUGGAGCGAAUCCCUCUCCAAAAACAACCAUAAGAGCAGGGCCACCGGAACGGAUAUUGGUAUAUUAUGGAGGCACAGGCAGAGCUAUUUUCCUGGGUACCAUGCGCAUUACGACGGUGCUUCUCUUCGGUGCGGCAUGUUUAAUUGUUGCGCCAGCAUGCUCCGUGGCAGAUUAUCCAUGGUAUAGCGUUUCAGGUGUAAUCGCCGCUGGCGCUUUACCAAUGCUAUUCGUCUCAUAUACAUCAGCUCCUUAUGUUAACUUCAUUCAUCUUGCUUUGCCAGCCUUUGCCAGAAAGUCUCGAGAGGCGGCCAUCCAGUAUGGAAAGGAGCUUCCUCCAACGGCCAUGUUGUACAUCACCAGCAUGAGAUUCAACACUAUCCCUCGCCAGACAGCAGUACGCCUCGGAGAUCUCGUUCCGGCUCAUGAUCCCCUUCGCCCUGUCAGCUUCCGCAAUUUAAACCCUACGCCGCAGCGCUGGUGGCAGGGAAGAGCACCAACUCAAUUCUAUACGGAGGAGCACUCCAAGCCUGGGCGACAGACGUCCGCUUUCUUCCCAGAGCUAUGGGGAAAUAUCUAUCGGCAGAUUCAAGCAGCAAAGUCAUAA